AUGAACAACGAUAGUAAAGUAGAUUAUUUCAAAUCUCAAUCGGUCAAUGAUGCGGAGAAUAAUAAAUUGGAUAAAAAGAAAAAACAAAAUUAUAACGCCGAUAGUUUAGAAAACCUUGAUUUUCAAUCAUGUGAUAGAUACAAUACAGAUGAUGAAAAUAAUAUAAUAACGAAGGAAAAAAAGCAGCAAUUGCUAACCAAACUCGAACAGCAGCCACAAACUGAAGUUCCCGCUACUCAUAUUACUUCAUUAAAGAAAAGUAAAGUUGUAACAAAGGUUAAUAAUUUAUCAGAUGAAAAUGCUAGGAAUAUAUUAGGAAAACGUCCAAGUUCAAAAAAACUUUAUUAUCAUGCGUGA